AUGAAGGACAAACAGAAGAGGAAGAAGGAGCGCACGUGGGCCGAGGCCGCGCGCCUGGUACUAGAAAACUACUCAGAUGCUCCAAUGACACCAAAACAGAUUCUGCAGGUCAUAGAAGCAGAAGGACUAAAGGAAAUGAGAAGUGGGACAUCCCCUCUUGCAUGUCUCAAUGCCAUGCUACAUUCCAAUUCAAGAGGAGGAGAGGGGCUAUUUUAUAAACUGCCCGGCCGAAUCAGCCUUUUCACACUCAAGAAGGAUGCCCUGCAGUGGUCUCGCAGUCCGGCUGCAGUGGAGGGAGAGGAGCCAGAGGACACAGCCGACGCGGAGAGCUGUGGGUCUAACGAAGCCAGCACUGUGAGUGGUGAAAACGAUGUUUCUCUUGAUGAAACGUCUUCGAACGCAUCCUGUUCUGCAGAAUCUCAGAGCCGGCCUCUUUCCAAUCCUAGGGACAGUUACAGAGCUUCCUCACAGGCAAACAAGCAAAAGAAAAAGACUGGGGUGAUGCUGCCUCGAGUUGUUCUGACUCCUCUGAAGGUAAACGGGGCCCACGUGGAAUCUGCAUCAGGGUUCUCGGGCCGCCACGCCGAUGGCGAGAGCGGCAGCCCGUCCAGCAGCAGCAGCGGCUCUCUGGCCCUGGGCAGCGCUGCUACUCGUGGCCAGGCCGAGGUCGCCCGGGACCCUGCCCCGCUCCUGAGAGGCUUCCGGAAGCCGGCCACAGGUCAGAUGAAGCGCAACAGAGGGGAAGAGAUAGAUUUUGAGACGCCUGGGUCUAUUCUUGUCAACACCAACCUCCGGGCCUUGAUAAACUCUCGGACCUUCCAUGCCCUGCCAGCCCACUUCCAACAGCAGCUCCUCUUCCUCCUGCCAGAAGUGGACAGACAGGUGGGAACAGAUGGCCUAUUGCGUCUCAGCAGCAGCGCACUGAAUAACGAAUUCUUCACUCAUGCGGCUCAGAGCUGGCGGGAACGCCUGGCUGACGGCGAAUUCACUCAUGAGAUGCAAGUCAGGAUCCGACAGGAAAUGGAGAAGGAAAAGAAAGUGGAACAGUGGAAAGAAAAGUUCUUUGAAGACUACUAUGGACAGAAAUUGGGUUUGACCAAAGAAGAGUCAUUGCAUCAGAACGUGGGCCACGAGGAGGCUGAAAUCAAGAGUGACUUGCGUGUCCCAGGAGAAUCAAUGCGGCCACAGCGUGGUCCAGCUACCCGGCAGCGAGAUGGGCAUUUCAAGAAACGCUCUCGGCCGGAUCUCCGAACUAGAGCCAGAAGGAAUCUUUACAAAAAGCAGGAACCAGAACAAGCAGCGGUUGCUAAAGACACACAGUCUGUGGUACCAGACAUCCCCCUCUACAAGGACGGGGAGGCUAAGAGCGACUCAGCAGAGGCGGGAGGCCCCCAUCUGCCUGGCAUGGCCUCUGCAGCACCUGACCCAGAGAAUCCCGAAUUCCUGACCCAGCCUGUGGCUUCCCGGACCCAGACCGAUCCAGGCGACCUGGCACGUGCUUCCGCGUCUCCAGACAGGAUUCCCAGCCUGCCUCAGGAGACUGCGGCUCAGGAGCCCAAGGAUCAGAAGAGGAAGUCCUUUGAGCAGGCGGCCUCUGCGUCCUUUCCCGAAAAGAAGCCCCGGCUUGAAGACCGUCAGUCCUUUCGUAACACAAUUGAAAGUGUUCACACCGAGAAGCCACAGCCCACCAAAGAGGAGCCCAAAGUCCCGCCCAUCCGGAUUCAACUUUCACGUAUCAAACCACCCUGGGUGGUUAAAGGUCAGCCCACUUACCAGAUAUGCCCCCGCAUCGUCCCCAUCACGGAGUCCUCCUGCCGGGGCUGGACUGGUGCCAGGACCCUCGCAGACAUUAAAGCCCGUGCUCUGCAAGUCCGAGGGGCGAGAGGCCACCACUGUCAUCGAGAGGCGGCCACCACUGCCAUCGGAGGGGGGGGUGGCCCGGGUGGAGGUGGCGGCGGGGCCACCGAUGAGGGAGGUGGCAGAGGCGGCGGCAGUGGUGAUGGUGGUGAGGCCUGUGGCCACCCUGAGCCCCGCGGAGCCCCGAGCACCCCUGGAGAGUGUGCGGCAGAUCUACAGCGAACACAACUACUGCCGCCUUGUUCUCUAAACGGGGAGCAUAUCCAGGCUGGGUCUGCCGUGUCCAGAGCCAGGAGAGAGGACCCGAUCGCUCUCAGAAAGGAGGAGAGCUGCCCGCUACGGAGGCUUCCAGAUGUCCUCACAAGUGGUCUGGAAGAUGCCUCCCAGCUCCCCAUUGCUCCCACCGGGGACCAGCCGUGCCAGGCUCUGCCCGCACUGUCCUCCCGAACCCCAGUACCAGAGAGAUUAGUUGAGCAACCUGCGUUGCAUCUAGAUGUUAGAACUGAAUGUGAGUCUGGUACCACUUCCCGGGAAAGCGAUAAUGAGGAUCGAGGACCCUCUCUUCUCCGAGAGAAUGAUCCUGUGCAGUCUCUAGCGGGGGGUGUUGUACUGGAAGGAGGACCUGGCCAGACCCUCGACCAUGACAGUGACCCCACCAUGAAGCAUCCUGUGAAUGUGACCCCCACUUCCACCACUGAGUUGUCUUUGGCUGGUUGCCUGCAGGACAGACAAUGUGAUGAUGAAUUAGGACUUGGUGAUUCAUGCUCACCCACGAGGGAAAGUGCUACUAGACAAGAAAACCUGACAACUGAGGCCCUCGUCUCUGAUGGUGCUGCUCCUUGGGUGCCCGGCCUGUCAAAUGAUGAGGCGGUCGGACGGCCUGAACCAGACUCCAGAGGACGUGUCCCAUCUGCUGAGCCCCAGGCUGUGGAAGAAUGGGAGAAAGCUGCCCCCCUCAUUCCUGUGUCAGCUGGGGAGUUGACUGAGGAGGGGCUAGUUCCCCCGGAGCACUUCUCUUUGGUCUGGACGGUGCCGUUGCAAGGGUGUGCUGACAGUGCUGGUGGCCACCGCAAACCGGUGGCAGGUGAGAAGUUGAAGAUCAACGGAGAGUCUGAAGCACUAAGUCCUCACGGCGAGUCCACAGACACGGCCUCUGACUAUGAAGGCCACCUGUCUGAGGACAGCAGCGAGGCCGACAGCAGUGAGGCCACAGUGGUGAAGAGAGCCUUGGUGGCGGACACGGAUGAGAAACACGAUUGGAACCACUCUGCCUCACUCUCCAAGGUGAAUGGUGAUCGGAGUCUGGUUAUGAGGACAGACAGCAUGGCUCCUCCUCAGAGCUGGGUGUCUCGUGUAUGUGCAGUUCCCCAAAAGUUUCCAGAUUCCCUGCUGCUGGCCAGUACUGAGUACCAGUCAAGGCCCACAUUGCUGGGCAGGCCUGGGUCCUCCAUGGAGGCCACUAACCCGCUCGUGAUGCAGUUGCUGCAGGGUCACUUACCCCUAGAGAAGGUUCUUCCUCCAGCCCAAGGCAGUAGCAAACCCGAAUCCCCACGACUCCCGCUUAUGAAAGAGCAGGGCCACGGCGGCUCCCUGGGAGUGGGAUCUUUGCAGGACCCUUUGGUAAACAGCUGUGCAGGUAGCAAGACCAGCCCCCGUUCUUUAAGAGCUUCAAAGGAGCUGCUUCUACCUGAGAUCCGUGAAGUGAGCACUGGUCUUGCCAGGCUGGAACCCACCCAGGCUCCUGGAGCUCCCCAGAAGAUUGCCAAGACAGCCCCAAGUUUAGACUCCCUGUAUCCAGUGACAAAGUUGAUGGCUGCCUCUGGGAAAGUGGAAGAAGUGGAUUCCAAAGAGCAGUUCUCUCCUGUUAGUUUGGGGCCAAGCAAAAACUCUGUGUCCGGUGGGGUACAGACUGCCAGGGAAGACUGGGCUCCGAGGCCACCGCCUGCCUCUCUUGGUGGUGUCAAGAACGAGAAGACUUUUGGGGGCAGUCCUCUCAAGGCAAAUGCAGAGAACAGAAACGCAGCUGGGCCUGGUCCUCGGGAGCUGGUGGAUCACUUGCAAGGGAUGCCCUUUGUUCUUGACCUGCCCUUCUGGAAGUUACCCCGAGAGCCUGGGAAAGGGCCUGGUCAGCCUCUGGAGCCUUCCUCCAUCCCCUCCCAACUCAAUAUCAAGCAGGCAUUUUAUGGGAAGCUUUCCAAACUCCAGCUAAGUUCCACCAGCUUUAAUUAUUCCUCGAGCUCCCCCACCUUUCCCAAAGGCCUUGCUGGAAGUGUGGUGCAGCUGAGCCACAAAGCAAACUUUGGUGCGAGCCACAGUGCAUCACUUUCCUUGCAGAUGUUCACCGACAGCAGCACGGUGGAAAGCAUCUCGCUCCAGUGUGCGUGCAGCCUGAAAGCCAUGAUCAUGUGUCAGGGCUGUGGUGCGUUCUGUCACGAUGACUGUAUUGGACCCUCAAAGCUCUGUGUAUUGUGCCUUGUGGUGAGAUAA